AUGGCUCAGUUCCUGCGAGGAAAGCAAGCUGGUAUUCAGAAGGACCUGUCCGAGGGCUUGUCCUCGGACUUGUUCCUCCUGGACGAUUUCGCACGAUGUGGCGUGAACUCACAGAUUAGUGCCAUAGCAUAUGAUCCUAUACAAUCCCUCAUCGCAGUCGGCACCAGUGAUACCCAGUUCGGAAGCGGGCAGAUCUAUGUCUUUGGGCAACGACGAGUUUCGGUGGUCUUUGAGUUCCCGCGGAAAGCGUCCGCGCGGUUCCUUCGGUUUUGCGCCAGCAAGCUGAUCAGCAUCGACUCCAAGAAUGAAAUUUGUGUAUACUCCUUGGCGACUAGAUGCAUGUUGGUUUCCUAUGCGCCACCAGGCCAGGUGACUGCCUUGUUAUCGGACCCUUGUUUGGAUUAUGCGUUUAUCGGCUUGCAGAAUGGUGAAAUUAUUGCGUAUGAUCUCGAUCGAGAGUCCUUAACGCCGUUCAAAGUUCCGAACUUGUGGUUGGAACGAAACCCCCGCGCGCGGUUCUUUCCCGUCGUAUCUCUGGAGUUCUCUCCGCGAGAUAUUGGCAAGAUUCUGGUGGGAUAUCCAGAGGGAGCAGUGACAUUUACUUUCAAGCAAAACAUUGCUCAAAAGUACUUUGUUUACGAAAUCCCUCCUGGGGCACCCGGUGGGGACUCCCUGCCGUCCCACGACGUGCGCAGGCCCAAAUUGACCAACGCAAUAUGGCAUCCCAAUGGGAUCUUCGUUUUGACUGUCCAUGAAGACUCAAGUAUAGUGCUCUGGGAUACAAAGGAUGGACGCAAGCUGCAUGCCCGGACUGUCCAGGCACCCAACGUCGACCAACCAGGUGCUGUUGGCAGACCGGGCUCACCUGGAGAGGCUGCUGGACCCAAAGAGCCGAUCACAAAGAUUAUCUGGUGCGUCAAAGAUAACCCGGAUGACACUGGUCUUUUGGUGGCUGGUGGUCGACCAGUAGGUGAUCAGAACAAGGGCCUCGUUUUCCUGGACAUGGGCCCAACCCCCAACUACCAGACGUCCUCCUGGCAAAUCCUGUCUACUUACCUCGAGCGCCCACGGCGACAAAUGACCCUCUCGGUCCCACCGGGAGCCAAGGUUGUCGACCUUUGUCUAAUCCCAAGAUCCUCGCCCUACUUUAAUGGCGCCCAUGAUCCAAUCGCACUUAUCGCUAUGCUUUCCUCCGGUGAAAUCAUUUCCCUAAGUUUUCCCAGCGGACACACAAUCACCCCCACUAAUAUGCUUCAUCCUUUUCUCACUUUCGUCCAUCCGUUUGUUAACAAAGCCGUGCUUACGCCCGUUGACCGGACGGUGUGGCUUGGUCUGAGAGAGCGCCGGUCGCAGGGGCCCAGAUUUGCGAUGGGCGGCAUCGAAGGGAAGAACCCUCUCAAGCGCUUUGAAAACCGCAAUGUUAUUUCGACUGCACACGCCGAUGGAACCGUCCGUAUCUGGGACUGUGGGCACGAUGAUGAAAUCGAGAAUAGCGACGUGGUUCAAGUUGAUCUUGCCCGUGCCAUAGGUCGAGUUGGCAAUAUAGAAGUGACCGAAAUGUCUCUUGCCAGCGGCUCAGGCGAGAUGUCUAUUGGACUCAAGAGCGGAGAGCUUGCUAUCUUCCGAUGGGGCAAUAACCCCUCAUACGGGCGUGAGGAGUCUCCUGGUGCUAACGAAGGGCAAGGGAAGCUGACUUCGAUAAGUAAGCGAACUGACCCUGGUCUUAAGACAGGUAUGCUACCUCUGUCUUUUUUGGACAUGCAGCAGGGCCCAGUGACGGCAUUGAAGCAUGGGCAGGUUGGAUUUGUAGCGGUCGGUUACCAAAGUGGUACUUUGGUUAUCAUUGACCUGCGUGGGCCCGCCAUCAUACACACUGCACACCUGUCAGACUUCCUCAAGGGACAGAAGCGUAACAGUUUCCGCAAGAGCCGUGCCUCGGGCGAAGUCCAACCGGAAUGGCCCACUCGGAUUGAAUUUGACUACUCAAGCAUUUGCUGCUUCGUCGGCACAAACAAGGGCAAUGUGGCAACAUUCAAGAUCCUCCCUGCUUCUAAUGGUACCUACGAAGCGGCUUUCGCUGGAUCAUCUGCUGUUGAAGAUCAGGUGAUCAGUGUUAUCCCCAUUGAUGCCGAGUCUGGCGGUCUUGCUUUAGCUACACCAAGUGCAGUCGGAGGCUUGAGGAGUGGUGCAAAAAUUCAUGGUGUCGUCAUUGCUGUAACUGCCUCUGGCUGUCGAAUUUUCAAGCCCCCAACAUCAAAAGGCGCCCACAAGACAUGGGAUGACUAUCUCUGCGACUCAGCAGCCGUCGUCAAGACUGAAGGACGUGGCUACAGCUUGGUUGGCCUCUUUGGUGACGGCCACGCGCGAGCAUUCUCGAUCCCCGCUCUUCGAGACAUCGGUUGCACCAAGAUUGAUCACAUUGCAGAUAUGCGACGCCUCUCGGAGGCUUGCAUCACCCCCACUGGAAACAUUAUGGCAUGGGUUGGCCCUUCAGAAAUCGGACUUUUCAAUGUCUGGGGAGGUGGAAACGGACUACAUCCUUCGAAAGAUACGCUUUACAACCCAGAAGCCGUGGUUCCUCCGCGUCCUACCAUUACGAACGUCCAAUGGAUCUCGGGAACGCAAUAUGUUUCACCGGCUGACAUGGAUGUUUUAAUCGGCGGUCCAGAGCGACCACCAUCGAAGGAGAUGGUCGAACAAAUGAGAUUGGAAGAGCAAGAACGUCGGCUAGCAUUAAAAGAAGGACGGACCCCAUCAACACCAGCACAGGGUGGCAGCCAGGAAGGUUACUGGUCUUAUAUGUCACGUCAAGUCCAAGAACGCACAGAGCGUCUCGGGAUUGUCGGAGACAGCAUGGACAGACUAGAAGAGAACAGCAGCGGCUUUGCAAGCGACGUUGGCAAAUUUGUACAGUCACAGAAGAAGAAAGCUGUCUUGGGCGCGCUUGGCUCGAAGUUUGGCUUUUAG